AAAUCAGAACCUGUUAGAGCAGAAAGCUGUCCUAAAGCCCAAACCCAUAGGUCACACUCGUCACUUCAAACUGGGCGACGCCAUAUAGCACCCGAUAGGAGAGAGCUCGCACUACAGGGCUCUUAAUAGGAUAGCUUAGUUUUGAACAAAUCAGUCCAAAGCUGCGUUUUAGAUCGUUAAUGUCCAUCUCGACAUGCCACCCCAAAUGGAGUUUGUUUACGAAUCUCGAGUGCCGUCUGCUUGCGGGCUCCCCGAAGAAGAUGAUGUGGAACCGGGGACCGUCAGUUGUAUGUUGGUCGGGGAUGGAGCCGUAGGGAAAACCAGUAUGAUCGUCAGCUACACGUCCAAUGGAUACCCCACGGAGUAUCAACAAACAGCCUUUGACGUUUUCUCAGGUCAGGUCCAGGUGGAGGGUGCUCCUAUUAAAGUGCAACUAUUGGACACGGCUGGACAGGAGGAAUUUGACAACUUCCGGGCGCUGUCCUAUGCCCACACGGACGUCUUCAUCCUCUGCUUCAGCAUGGUCAACCCCACGUCCUUCCACAACAUCACCAAGAAGUGGGUGCCCGAGAUCCGGGCGUACAACGCCUCGGCGCCCAUCGUGCUGGUGGGAACGCAGUCGGACCUUCUGCUGGACGUCAACGUGCUCAUCAACCUGGACCGCACCAAGGUCAAGCCCGUGCUCAACUCCCGGGCCAAGAGCAUGGCGGAGAAGAUCCGGGCGGCGGACUACAUCGAGUGCUCCUCGCUCACCCAGAAGAACCUCAAGGAGGCCUUUGACGCCGCCAUCUUCGCCGCCAUCAAACACAAGACCCGCAAGGCCAAGAAGCGACGCUCUUCUGACCGCAAAGCCAAGGCUUUCUCCCGCUACAGCUGGAAGAAGUUCUUCUGCUUUAUAUAAACUCUGCUUUUUAUGAACUCUAACCGAAAAAGCGUGGACAUACAAACCCCAUGGGUUGUGCGCAUGAACUCUUAUUUGAAAGAACUAUUUUCUUUAUUUAUUUACUUGACUUGACUUUAUCUGAACCCCCCGCCCCCCCC